CACCUCCGCCCCGGCAGUUUGCAGGAAAAGAGGAGAAAGAGCCGCAGGACAGACGGCGGAGAACAGGGCGCAGAACCCGGGAUCCCGGAGAAGUCUGGUCCUCGGCGGAACACCCCUCCUGCCCCCCGGGCGAGGGCGGCCGGGUUGGGGGGAGGGGAGGAGCACAGCGGCUGGUAAAGGCAGAGGCGGCGGCGGCGGAGGCGCAGGGGCGCGGCUCCUUUAAGGCUCUCCCCGCCCACCGGCGGCGCCGGCCCCCGCCCGCCGCUCUCCCCGCCCCGGGGCCCCGGCGAGGGCUGCGAUUGGGCGGGCGCGGCGAUCCCUUUGAAGUGUGGCUGCCGAUCGCGGCUAUUUGACGUGCGGCUCGCGGAAGGCGAAGGUUUUUGUGUUGCCAUCCCGGUCUGGCGGCGGCGGCGGCGGCGGCGGCGGCGGCGGCGGUGGAGGAGGGGUGGAAGCGCGGCGACCGCUGCACCGCGCUCCAAGCUGCGGAGCGAGCCCACCCGCCCGGGAGCUCGCCUCCCGGUGCUCCCCCUCCCUCCCCGCCCCCCCCAGUGGCGCAGCCUCCUCCAAAUGAGCGAUUCGCCCGCUGGAUCUAACCCAAGGACACCCGAAAGCAGCGGCAGCGGCAGCGGCGGCGGCGGGAAGAGGCCGGCGGUGCCGGCGGCGGUGUCCCUCUUACCCCCGGCGGACCCCCUGCGCCAAGCGAACCGGCUCCCGAUCAGGGUCCUGAAGAUGCUGAGCGCUCACACCGGCCACCUCCUGCACCCGGAGUACCUGCAGCCGCUGUCUUCCACCCCCGUCAGCCCCAUUGAGCUGGACGCCAAGAAGAGCCCGCUGGCGCUGCUGGCCCAGACCUGCUCGCAGAUCGGCAAGCCGGACCCGCCGCCCUCGUCCAAGCUCAACGCGGUGGCGGCGGCGGCCAACGGGCUGGGGGCGGAGAAGGACCCGGGCCGCUCCGCCCCGGGCGCCGCCGCCGCCUCGGCGUCCGCGGUGCUCAAGCAGCUGGGGGACUCCCCCGCGGAGGACAAGUCCAGCUUCAAGCCCUACUCCAAGGGCUCCUCCGGCGGCGACUCCCGCAAAGACGGCGGCUCCUCCUCCGUGUCCUCCACCUCCUCCUCCUCGUCGUCCUCCUCCUCGCUGUCCCCGGGAGACAAGGCAGGCUUCAGGGUGCCCGGCGCCGCCUGCACGCCCUACCCCCCGCACGGAGCGCCCGUCUCCGCGUCUUCGUCUUCCUCAUCGCCCGGCGGCUCCCGGGGCGGCUCCCCGCACCACUCCGACUGCAAGAACGGCAAUGGCGGCAGCAGCGGGGAGCUGGACAGGAAGGACCUGGAGCCCAAGCCCAGCCCGGAGGCCGUGUCCGUGAGCCGCGGGAGCGGCGGGGAGCCGGGCGGUGGCGGUGCCGCCGACGGAGGGGCCUCCUCCGGGCGCAAGUCGGAGCCGCCGUCGGCGGCGCUGGUCGGGGCCGGCCACGUGGCCCCGGUGUCGCCCUACAAACCCGGCCACUCGGUGUUCCCGCUGCCGCCGUCCAGCAUCGGCUACCACGGCUCCAUCGUGGGCGCCUACGCCGGCUACCCGUCCCAGUUCGUGCCUGGCCUGGAUCCCAGCAAGUCGGGCCUCGUGGGAGGCCAGCUGUCGGGGAGCCUGGGCCUGCCGCCGGGCAAGCCCCCCAGCUCGAGCCCGCUCACCGGGGCGUCCCCGCCCUCCUUCCUGCAGGGAUUAUGCCGCGACCCCUACUGCCUGGGCGGCUACCACAGCGCCUCGCACCUCAGCGGCGGCGGGGGCUCCAGCUGCUCCACCUGCAGCGCACACGACCCAUCGGGGCCCGGCCUGAAGGCGGGCGGCUACCCGCUGGUGUACCCCGGGCACCCGCUGCAGCCCGCCGCGCUCUCAUCCAGCGCCGCCGCCGCCCAGGCCGCGCUGCCGGGCCACCCCCUCUACACCUACGGCUUCAUGCUGCAGAACGAGCCGCUGCCGCACAGCUGCAACUGGGUGGCGGCCAGCGGGCCGUGCGACAAGCGCUUCGCCACCUCGGAGGAGCUGCUGAGCCACCUGCGGACUCACACGGCCCUGCCCGGGGCCGAGAAACUUCUGGCCGCUGCCGCCUACCCCGGGGCCUCGGGCCUGGGCAGCGCCGCCGCCGCUGCAGCCGCCGCGGCCGCCGCUGCCUCCUGCCACCUGCACCUCCCCCCGCCCUCCGCCCCCGGCAGCCCCGGGUCGCUGUCCCUGCGGAGUCCACACACUUUGGGGCUAAGCCGGUACCACCCCUACGGCAAGAGCCACUUGUCCACAGCCGGGGGGCUGGCCAUGCCGUCCCUCCCCACAGCCGGACCCUACUACUCGCCAUACGCGCUGUACGGACAGAGACUAGCCUCCGCCUCGGCGCUCGGAUACCAGUAACUACAGCUCUUCCUCUCCCACCACCCCCCCCACCCCCAGCUCCAGCUCCCUGACCCUCCCCCCAGCCUCCUGGCCUGGCCGCUGCAACCUCCACUACUGCUUGUCCUGCCAGAUUACCCGCCGAGACCCCCCCCCCCCCUCCACCGGACUGUGUAUUUAUUUACUAUAAUGUUAGCUUACAAGCUGGGAAUAUAAGUGCAUUAACGGCCCACACGAGUCCAUGGUAUGCAAAAAGUCUGUGUUCUCCCCCCCCCCCAAAUAAUAUUAAUCACACGAGUAACUUACAUGCUCUUUCCGUCCCACUUCCUUUAUUUUUUUUUCUUUUUCUUAGAUAUGUUUUAAUUUGCUUUUCUUUUCUUUUUCUUUUUUUUUUUUUUUUUUGGUUUGGUCUUUGGGGAAGAGGGGGAGAGUUGGGAUUCUGGGGUUCUUUGUUUUGUUCUCCCUUCCUGGGGAGUUUUGUGCAUGCUUCUUUAACCGUUAAAACGACAUUUCCCCCUUUUCCCUUCAUUCCCUCAUUUUCUUGCAUUUGAGGUUCUGUUUUUACCUUUGUACAAGUAACAGAGAGGAGAUAUUUUUUGUAAUGUGUGUGGAGGGGGUGGGGGUGGGGGCCUUCCUGGCAGGAGGUCUUGCCUCUGUGGACCCAGAACUCUACUCUGCGACUUCUCACCUGACCUCCCCUCCUAGGGCCCCUGGUCUUUGCCCUGGCCCCCAAAACUGGGGCCUUUCUUCCCUACCUUGCUCUGAGUAUGGAGAGCCCUGAGAGAGGGGCCCGAGUGGCCUCGGACAGAGCCUCCUACUUCCAAACUCUUCCAGCCCCAAACACUGCCCGCUGGGGAGGGAGGAGGGAGGGGGAUGGUCCUAUAGGGCUCAUCUUAUUCAAUUAAAAGUCCUAGAAGGCCCUGCCGGCAUGAAACUUUGCUUUUUAUAUUUUGCAAAGUGCUUUUAUAGUCGUCGUUUUUCCCUCCAUUCUCUCCUGGCGGUGGGGGGUGGCGUCAGCGAGCCUUGCUAGAUCCCUCCAAAGCAGACCAGUGGCAUUAUCAGUGGGCAGUACAACCUUUUAGCUCCGUGGGGGAGGGGGGAAGAUUGUACAGUAAGGGAGCAUACAGAUCGCCAUGGCCCCCUUCACCCCUUCCCAGGCUUGUCCCAACAGAUUCCCCAAAGUUGGGGACUUCCUUGGGCUCCCUCAGUGACUGGGAUGGAAGACUUGGGCCCUGGGUCUUCUCCCCACACCGCUCCUUCUCUUAUGCAGCAUCGUGGGGAGGCUGGGGGCCUCUCUGGGAUGAAUAGAGCUCUCCCUUGGUAAGACUUAUUUUGUUAAUAAAUGAAAUACUUGGCUAUAUUCA